AUGAAAGCUGGGCAGUUGGUUGGUGCAGGGUUUCAGCAGGGAGUUAGUUCCUCAGCCAGCAGGACACGGCAGGAGGGACGCCCAGGGGCUUUGACCUUUUACCAUGUCACUAUCCUGGGGUGAGAGGGGGCCAAAAUACUGGUCCUACUCAGACUGUGGGCCACUGAUAACGCUACUCAAAAAUCCCCCAAUAUUUCAUACUUCUUUUGUGUCCAGUCCCAAGCGAGACUUUCUGAAAAAUAUAUUUUAAGGAAGAAGAGACGUUUCUUAGUAUUGCUAGGUGGAAAGGUUGAGGCAGAAAUUAACUUAUGGUGAAUCCACCUCCAACCUCCAAUGCAUCUGUUCUAACUAAACUAGCAUACGUAAUGACUUGUCAGCUGUGCAAAGGUUAAUGUAUGAUGUGUCAGCUGUUCAUGUAUAAUGUAUUUAUCAUCUUUGGGAAAAAUAUACACAUUUAGAUUUUAUAUUCGAUUAGAAGCAGCAGCCAACCGUAACCGGUGUGAUUUGUAUGUGACCUCAGUAUUCCCCUCACAGUGGAGAUGUACUGUGGGUAAUCACAAUCCAGCAUAUAGAAGCACACCCACAGUAAGCUCUCCCUAUAAUAUAUUCUUCUCAUUUAAAAUGAGGCUUUGGCACAUAAUUUGUACUGGGAGGUAGAGAGUAUUGAUGGUUGAUAGAAGAAUUUGGUAAUGACUAAUUAUUACACUCCGAUUCUUUGUGAAAUGUGUUCGAAUCAUAAGACUACAAUCUGAUAAUGUGUUUAGCUUAGUUAGAAGUACAACUAGGGCAUUGAUUCAUUUGUAUAUCUAUGCAAGCAGAGUGCAACUGUGAAACCAAUAACAGAAAACAGGAUACGAAACUAGACAGUGAAAAACAUGUCCCCACCUAGGGUGAGGACAGUGAGAGAGCUUAGAGAGUUAAUCAUAUGUGCUUGUAUAAGAUGCAUAUUUGCCCAGCAACAGAGUAUUUGUGUCUUGUGAAACCAGUAAAGGAAGUCUGUGUAUGUGUGACCUGAUACUCGAGGAACCAAAAAAACAACCACACGAACACAGCUGGAGUGUGAAAUAGAUACAAGAAGAAACAAUAGGUUGUUGUGCAAGUUUACAGAGAAAUGUGACAGUUGCCUAAAUAUGGGCUAGGAGUUUUCUCAUUGGCCCACUUAGGGGCGUAGUAAAGGUAUAAAAAACAUUGUGCAUUGUAUGAUUUUCAGAGCGCUCUCAAUGAAUAAAGACUGACCAUUGCAGAAAGGGGUCUUUGUUUAAUUUAUUUAAACUAGAGAUUUACACCUCUGGGAAUUAUUCAAAGAUUUAAGAAGUGUUUGACUUCAACCAUUGAGAUAACAAAAUUCUUGUGACAAUGGUAUAAAAGGUCUGAUAGGAACACUGUGAGGAGAUCAACAUGCUGCUAAUAGGAUGUGUGCUAUCAUGGUUUCAGCCUCCCACAGGCCCUGAAUCCUGGGUGACAGCUUUGUGACACACCAAAUGUCUAUAACAAAUGUCCUGUGAGGAGAGCAGGGUUUGAACAAUCAAACUGUGAUCACUUGUGGUCCACGGCAGAGAAUAAACUAGGAUGACAGGACCUCCUGACAGGGCUGUGACAUGCACCUCCUGUCCUCUCCGCACCACACUGGGAGGCUCCACUCUGAUUUGUGACCUCACGCCUCAGUGUCAUGCGGACGUGAGGGAAUAAAUAAAACUGGACACCUGUCACCUGUAGAAGGAUAAACAAUUUGUUUUAAAUUAGAUGCCCACUCAACACUCACCCACUUUCUCAACUAAGGCCCUACUUUCUCUCUCUCAUUUAACCGUCAUAAAAAGGAAUCAGCUGUUCCCUAUCAGUCAGUCAAAGCGGUCCUCAGCAUGUUACAACCGCUGUCCUGGCCGCUACUCGAACCGCCUCUAACAUCCAGAGUGUUGUCCCCCAUUGCCCCAUCUCCCCAAAGCAUGAAGUCUCCUGCUACUGGCUGAGUCUGCCAGGUCUAUUAAGAUUAGAUUAGAAUUUAUGAAGAUUGCCUCACCUGGCUCACUGGUAUAAUAUAUGCUGCUGUAGUAAUUCACAUUUGGUCCUUCAUUUCCUAAGCAGCCAGGGGCCCCCAUAUUUCACCAUGACAAUGUAAUUACAGGUCCACAUUAAUAAGUCCUUAUUGUUUAGAAUUGGGGCUGAAGAAAACACUGACUAUAAAACUAAAGCCGUCUUGUCAUUCACAUGGAUGUUUACCUAAGAACAGAGGGCAAAGUGAUUUACACACACAGCUUACAACCUUAUUGAUUACAGGGGGGCUUUCACAGACACACAAACACACACACCCACAUGACAGAUGUGCAGAACAGAGGAUCCACAAGCCCUUUGUGGACUGAUUAGCAGGAAAUCUCAGUAAUGACUUGUGAUCCAGGGGAUAAGUAAAUGGAUAAGUAAACUAAAUGUGUGGUUUAAUACCUUAAACCAGGUCUAAUCUGUCUUGGCUGUGUUGCUGUCUGGUCUUUGAUGCUUUAUAUCUUUGCAUGCCUUGAGCAACACAUCAUUUCUUCUGUCACUAUUCACUUCUGUUUGUCUACCUGAUUUAGUAGUUGCCCUUUGGGCAUUUUGUCACUCAUACCAGUGUAUAACAUCACAGAUUUCAAUGGCCUGUGAAAUAGGAUUUUUUGUUGUUAUUAAAACCCUUUCCUACAGUCAAGUUACCAAAUCGCUCUCUACAUCUACCACUCUCACUCUGUGUCUCACUUGUUUCCUUCCUUUCUGCUGCAGAAAAACUUGUCAGGAAGGAAGGAAAUGAGUGAGCCACAGGGGGGCUCAGAGUAGGAUUGUAUCAGAGAGUAUAUAAAAGGUAACUUAUUCAGUGGUUCUGAGAUGAUGACAUAUGGUCUGAAAUUGUGUCUUUGGGCUGUUUGCGGUCAGAAGGAUUUAGCCUUGGCCAAUGAGAGAGGAGUAGGAGUGUGGAAAUCACAGAACGCUAUAGAAGGUAGUGAAGACACAUCAAGGUAUGGUUUAAAAAUGGCUUCUGUACUGUGUGUUACUGCUGAUGGGUUUCCUAUAGUGCAUUAACGUAACCUUUUCUCAGUGCUAUAUUUGUUCACAUGGGCCAUUUCAGAGCCAUUAUCGAGCUUGUCAAUUCCCCUAUCCCUUCCCUAUUUUAAUGAACAUGUUUUCUAAGCAGAUCAAUGCGUUAUUUUUAUGUCUCACACUUUUCGUAAAUAUUCUUUCACAAAUCAAUACAGUGCUUGAUGUGCUGCAUCACCUCCUCCCCCACAUGCAACCCCUGCCCCAUCUUCCAAACACACAAGGUCGUCACUGCAUGGUAAGAUGGUUAGUGGUGCUCAGCUUUUAUUCCAUGAAUCUUAUGGGCAUUGAUGCAACCUUUUUCUGCCUGAUGAAAGAUUUCACUAAAUUUGGUAUUUGUUUAAUAUAAGCUUACAGUGAGUACGUUGUUGAUCUAGGUCAAAUGUACAAUCAGGAAUAUAUCACAGAUUGUAUGUGAAAACAGAGCAGUGCAGCACAAAAGGUUUGCUGAAAAGGAGCAAGUAUGAUGUCAUCGCUAGCCUCUCAGCACUCUUCUAGCCGAUGAAAUCGAUUUAAACAUUCAACCGAGACUCAGGGCAUUAGAGAUGUAUUAUUUCAACAUGGGAGAAGAGACGUGGUUCUCAUGAAACACAUAUCCAUUCUCAGAUCAGAUAGUUGCAGGGUCUGUGUUAGGGCGGGGACAUUGUUCUACUGGAGAUGGGGGGGACUUGGCAGGGGCUUGUGUGAUUACUGCUUACACUGAUUUAUAACUCACUUUUAAUUAUCUGAGGGGGACUAGAGCCUGUGCCAACAGCUACAUCCUCUGAUGUUGGGACAGGAAGGGGAGAGCGAGCCCUCUUUGGUUACCACCUCAGCUACUGCCCCUAUGGUCUGAGACUGAGACAGGGGUCCUGGAGUUUCAGCAAGCCUCAGUGGACCAGGCCAGAUGUAUGUGUCUGAAAUGUAUACCCGGUAUGGGAUCUGAGGAUUCCUAAUGGAAAUAUGAAGCCAUGUUCUACUGGACAUGGAAGUCUAACUAACAUUCCCUGGUGACCUAUAAAUUAGACUGUUGUGAGGGCCACACAAAUCACUGCCUCAGCAUAUCUUCUCUAGUUUCUCUCUCCUCUACUGUAGAAAGACACUGGCAGCUCCUGAAUUAUAAUGACUUUUGUAGUUGUUUAAACAAUGUAAAAGUUUUGACAAAUAUCCACACAAAAUCCCAGUUGUAUAUGAAUUUUAUAUUCCUGACUUUCAUUUUAGUUGAUAUCCCUAAUUGGAUUCAGUUCGCAGUUCAACAAGUGGCCAGCUUGAUCAUUAAAAAAAUUAUAUCUGUGAUUUAUAGUAAUCAUCAUGUCAUUUCCAUUUAAGGGUUAGUUUAUUUCUGCUGAGAACCUUGAAAGCCAUUAAAUCUUGGUAAUGAGAUUUUCAUUAUAAAAAGAGCAGCAGACGAUUCAUGGAACCUCUGAGGCUGAGCAGUGACAUUACUCCAACUUCCUUCACAUCCUCUCUCCUUCACAUGAUCAAUGGGGAUAACCAAAGUCAAACGAUCAUGACUCUCCUGUAAAUAUUGUUGUUUCUAAACCCACAUGAGAAAGAGUCAGAUGUGUGUGUGUGGUUGUAUUUCUGAGGGAGCCAUCCCUUAUCUCUCUGAUUGGCUGUUUCCAUUCACAAACACUAAGUAAACAAGAUGCUCUGUAUGAAACCAUCCCAGAGGAAUCUUUCAGCAUAGCCUGUCUGCAUGGCAUCUGUAACAAUGUUCUCCCUCUCUCCUUCACUCGCUCUCUCUCAUUUCUUUUUCGUGCAAGAGUAGCAUGGCGGCUUAUGUAAGGCCUAACCCCUGUAGUUCCAGGCAAAUUGAGUCGUAGAAACUCAUUGGUGUAAUUUGGAUAAUGAAUUCCAAAGAUAUCCCCACUGCUUAGGUAAGCCUAGUAUGCUUAAUUCUACAGCCUUGUUCUUUAAAUCAAUAUUAAGCCUUAAUUCCUGAUUCUGAUUCAUUUGUCAACCUGUGAGUUGAAUUUAGCGAGGGUGGCCAGGAAUGGGUUACAUGACUUCCAUGACUAAUGAAUUUGAUCAUGGAAAUGAAUAAAGGAAUUAUUCCAUGGUAUGAACAUACGUCUCAUGUGGAGUCUUGAAAUCUGAAGGGUGGUGUGCAACGUCAACAUAUGUCUUUUUCAUAUUUUAGAGACAUACAAGGGUUGUUGCUCACACCAAACUCACCAGAACCAAAAAAAACAUUGUGGCCCCACUGACAGUAAUAGUGUUGUUCAUUACCAUCAUGAUUAUCAUAAAUGAGGAGUUUUGGGAGCCUGUAGAACAGUGGUAUUCAAACUUUCACAGUGGGGAACCCCAUUUUUUUCUGCCAGAAUUUAAGGGGAUCCCCAAAUGUUUUUGUUGUUGAAUUUCUCGCGACCCUGCCUCACCCCAAAUAUAAUGAACAACUUUAAAAUAGUUACAUUUUCAUCUCUUAUCAAAAUGAAAAGAAACCAAUAAAAACAUUUACUCAAUAAAGUGUUAUUUUCAAAUUAUCUUUCUCAAAACAUUAAUGUUGUCCAUAAAAUAAUCUGCACUCUUAAUUGUUUUUAAAUUGUAUUUUUUAAUAAAAAUAAAAAUAAAUGCCGACCCCACUGCAGUUUUUCGACUUUGAAUACCACUGCUGUAGAGGGAGGGGACUAGGGUAAGAGGGGUUAAUUUGGAGCAGGACUGUUUUCGUCUCUCAUAAUUAUUUUUAAUGUCAGUCAUUAAGCCGUCCCUUGGGGGAGUGUUGCAGCAGCAGUCAUCUCUGUUUGGGCUUUAGAUCAUCAUCAGCGCUGCUUUUCCAUUAACCUUCCUCUGUUCCCUUAUCCCACAGGAUGCAGUCACUGAGGCAGUUUCUGCUAAUCCAAACAGUUGUAUAAAAAACCUUGUGUACACUCCCCAACGUAUUUAUUCGGACAGUGAGGCUUAAAAUGUCAAAAUUUGGCUCUAUACUCCAGCAUUUUGGAUUUGAGAUCAAAUGUUUCAUUUGAGGCGACAGUACAGUGUCACCUUUUAGUUAAACGUUUUUUUUCAUGUAUUUGGACAAAUGAACUUAUAGUGUAUUAAAGUAGUCAAAAGUGUAGUAUUUGGUCCCAUAUACCUAGCACGCAAUGAUUACAUCAAGCUUGUGGCUCUAUGCAUUUGCAGUUUGUUAUGGUUGUGUUUCGGAUUAUGUUUUGCCCAAUAGAAACUGAAUGAUGAAUAAUUCAGUGACAUUAUUGUAAAUAAGAAUAGAAGAUGUUUCUGAAUACUUCUACAUUAAUGUGGAGGCUACCAUGAUUAUGGAUAAUCAUGAAUGAAUCGUGAAUAAUGAUGAGUGAGAAAGUUACAGAGGAAUAAAGAUCAUACCCCCCUAAAAAUGCUAACCUUGUUAUGGGGGCAUGAUCUUUGUGGAUCAUUUGUGCAAUCCGAAACACAACCAAAACAAACUGCAAAUGCAUCCAACAAGUUUGUAGUCACAAGCUUGAUGUAGUCAUUGCAUGCUAGGAAUACUAAACUUUGGACUAAAUUGAAUACACUAUAAAUGAAUUUGUCCAAAUACUUAUGACGCGUUCAAAUGGACUAGAUACAUAAAGUGCAUUCAUUUCUAAACGGUAAAACAGAUAUGUAUGAAAAUACGCUCAAAUUCUGUACUUUCGCCUCAUAUAAAAUAUUUGAUCUCAAAUCCAAAAUGCUGGCGUAUAAAGAAGUUGUAGCUUCACUGUCCAAAUAAAUACAAAAGGGAGUGCAUGUCAAGACUAUACUUACCACUUUUAAUGUGUUCUAUAAUAUAGGCUUUAGAAGGCUCUUUCUCUACUUCUUAAUUUCUCUCUUUUUAAUUUCAACCCUUUAAUGCGUGUGAGUGCGUAAAAAUCAUCUGUCCUCGGUUGCAACACUCACUGCCGAUUUCCAAACUGCCUCUGAAAACAACGUCAGCACAAAAACUGUUUGUUGGGAGCUUCAUGAAAUGGGUUUCCAUGGACGAGCAGCCACACACAAGCCUAAGAUCAGCAUGCGCAAUGCCAAGCGUCGGCUGGAGUGUUGUAAAGCUCACCGCCAUUGGACUCUGGAGCAGAGGAAACAGGUUCUCUGGAGUGAUGAAUCAUGUUUCACCAUCUGGCAGUCCGAUGGACGAAUCUGGAUUUGGAGAACGCUAUCUGCCCCAACGCAUAGUGCCAACUGUAAAGUUUGGUGGAGGAGGAAUAAUGGUCUGGGCCUGUUUUUCAUGGUUUGGGCUAGGCCCCUUAGUUCCAGUGAAGGGAAAACUUAACACUACAACAUACAAUGACAUUCUAGACGAUUCUGUGCUUCCAACUUUGGGAAAGGCCCUUUCCUGUUUCAGCAUAACAAUGCCCCUGUGCACAUAGCGAGAUCCAUACAGAAAUGGUUUGUCGAGAUCGGUGUGGAAGAACUUGACUGGCCUGCACAGAGCCCUGACCUCAACCCCAUCAAACACCUUUGGGAUGAAUUGGAACGCCGACUGCCGACACACAGGUACAGACACACUCAUACGCAGACACGCUAGCACACGCACUCUACACACACGUACAUUGUAAUAUUGUUGAAUGGUGGUAUUAUACAUUUUGUAUUGUAGAUAUGUAGUGGUGUAAUAAUGUUAUAUGAUGAACUGCUUUUAUCUUUUGUUUUUUGUGUGAUGUAAGUGCCUUAAUGUGUUUGGACCCCAGGAAGAGUAGCUUCGGCCUUGGCAUCAGCUAAUGGGGAUCCUAAUAAAUACAAAUACAAAUUAUUUUGGAAUGAGAUGUUCAAUGAGCAGGUGUCCACAUACUUUUGGUUAUGUAGUGUACAUUGAGGUAGUCAUGAUUGACUGCUGAGCAGCGUUUUGAAAUCACUGAAGUUACGAUAGUACUCCUGAGUGGCGCAGUGGUCUAAGGCACUGCAUCGCAGUGCUAACUGUCACAUAGACCUGUUCACAUCCAGGCUCUAAACUGCACCCAGCGACGGGGUUGUGGCGCUCACAAUUUGCCUAGCGUGCUGGUGAGGGAAGCCACAAUAACUCUCUUGUAACACUAUAACCAGGUUGGUUCAUUCCACGGGGCCGUAUCAAAAAAAGAACAAAUUUGGUUUCAAACUUAUCAUUUGUAUAGGUCUAAAACUAAAUGUAAAAAACAGUAAUGAUCAAAUGAUAGUCAGUUGCUAUAUUUGUAUAAAACUUUUUGGUUACCAGAAACUCUAAAACUUGCAAGUGUGGGUUUGGAUCAAUUUUGUAGUGUGGUGAUGGAAAUCAUAAUUCUGUAGACAUUUAAGUUGUUUCUAAUCUCUCUCUCUGACAGCUACAAUCGUCUUAUAUUGACUCGUUGACGUCUCCUUUAUAAACCCACAGUAACACAACAAAUGUAUUUCUACUAUUGUAAAUAAAUACUUGUCAAAUUUAAAUCUACAAACCUUUGGCAAUUUUGGGUUGUUGGGCAGAUUUUGGGUAGUGUGCCAAUAUGUGACAUUUCAUUUAAUUUCUAAGAGAGCCUGAAGUUUUGUUUCUAUCUCUCUCUCUCCCACUCCCACGCCUACUAUUGACUCGCCCUUACUCUCCCUCUUAUACACACACACACACACGAACACACACACACAUUCUUUCUCUCAUUUUAACUCAUACUCUCUCACUUACUCUACAGCACUCCUGUGAGGAUGGCAGCCAGUUUCUCUCUCCUGGAAGAGGACCUGUCGUGUACAGUGUGCUAUCAGAUAUUCAGGGAGCCAGUGAUCCUGCUCUGCAGCCACAGCUUCUGCAGGGCCUGUCUGGAGGAGAGCUGGAGUAAAGGGGAGACGCAGGACUGCCCAGUCUGCAGAAGGUCCUCCAGAGACCAGUCGCCUCCCAACCUGGCCCUGAGGCAUGUCUGUAAGACUCUACUGAAGGAGAGGGGGCAUAAGGACACUCCUGGGCCCACAGAGGAGGCUACGGAAGGACACUCACAGGGUGGAAACACCAGACACAGGGGGUUUACAGGGUGUGUGUGGUUUACACUCCCUGAGGCUCCAGCUCUUCUGCCUUGAGGAUGAGUGUCUGGUGUGUGUGGUGUGUGUGUCGGAGCAUGCAGGCCACAGCUUCUGUUCUGUGGGGAAGGCAGCAGGCCAGAGGAAGGAGGGACUCAGACCCACACUGGAGGCCUUGGAGGAGAAAAUGUCUGCCUUCUGCAAAGCUAAACUGUGACAAAAUGGCUGCUCACGUCGGGGUGCAGGCCCAGCGAGCAGAGAAGCAGAUAAAGGACGAGUUUGAGAAGCUACACUGCUUCCUGAGAGAGGAGGAGGUGGAGAGGCUAGCUGCACUGAAGGAGGAAGAGGAGGAGAAGAAUACAAGGAUGAAGGAGAGAGUGAAGGAGAUAAGUGAGAUGAUGUCAUCUCUGAUGGACACAAUCAGGGCUGUGGAGGAGAAGCUGGCAGUGGAUGAUGUGUUGUUUAUGCAGAGCUACAAGACUAUGAUGGAGAGAGCACAGAGUGCGUCUCAGGACCCACAGCUGGGCUCAGGAGCACUGAUCAACUUGGCCAAACACCUGGGCAAUCUCAGUUUCCAGGUCUGGGAGAAGAUGCAGGGGGCAGUGAAAUACAUGCCUGUAGUUCUAGAUCCAAACACAACACAUCCCUACCUCUAUCCAUCUGAAAAUCUGACCAGCCUAAGAUCCGAAGACAAAGGACAGAGUCUCCCAGACAACCCACAGAGGUUUGAUUCAUACCGAGACAUCCUGGGUUCAGAGGGGUUAACUUCAGGGACACACUUCUGGGAUGUGGAAGUCGGAGAAAAUGAUGACUGGAGGGUAGGGGUGGCCGGUGGGUCUGUUAGUAGGAAACAGGGGUUAGAUGAAGAAGAAAGUUGAAUAUGGGCUGUUGGGGUAGCUAAUGGUGAACCUUAUAAAAUGAAGAAGAAUACUCAGAGGAUCAGAGUUUCGCUGAAGUGGGACAAACAGGAGGUGUCCUUCAUUGAUCUUAGUUCAUACACACAAACCCUCCGAACAUUGAAUCACAAAUUUACAGAGAGUACGUAUCCAUACUUUUAUUUGUUAAAUGGUCAACCACUGCAGAUCCUUCCAGAGAAAGUCUCUGUAAAGGUGGAAAACCAUGAACAUUAACCCCUACUAAGCUAACACUAAGCUAACAUAUGUCCCCUGUAGCUCAGUUGGUAGAGCAUGGCGCUUGCAACGGCAGGAUUGUGGGUUCGUUUCCCACGGGGGGCCAGUAUGAAAAAAUGUAUGCACUCGCUAACUGUAAGUCGCUCUGGAUAAGAGCGUCUGCUAAAUGACUAAAAUGUAAAUGUAAUAUAGAAUUGUUUUAAGGUGGUUAUACCAUGGAUAAUUUAGCUACUUGAUUUAGAAUGUUUUGAUUAUUUGAUAAAAUAAUGAGUUUGGCCUUUACUGCUAUAGCCCAUAGAAAUGCAUUGAAUAACACAUAAAUAAAUGGCAAAACAGACAGUCAAAAAAUAAAUCAUAAGGAAUAAGGUUUUGAAGUGUUUCCUAUACUGUAUCUAGGAGAUACUGUUUAAGAAAACUCAGGAAAUAUUUAUAUAUUUUUGACACAUUUAACCCCUUUUUUUGUUGGCACAAAAAAACUUCCAUACAUUUUUUAAACCGGUACUGGGUUACAUUUUCAGACGAGUCCCGUAACACUUGUAGGCGUCGUAGAAUAAAACAGAGAACGCCACUGUGUUCGUGAGGUUCUCCCCAUUCCAUAUUAGUUUUUUGACCAAACCGUUCAGGUGCUACAGAUGUUUUCGUGAGAAGUCGGGAUGUCUACUGGUCUGACAAACAGCGCUGUAGUUCUGCCACUUUCCACUGCAGAUGCGGAAGGCCGACAUACUGUAGGCGGAUGCGGUGGAUUGAGAAGCAGCCAUACAAAAAAACGGAUAUCUCUAUCUUAAACAGAUUUUAAUGGGGAUUAUUUUAUGUUAAUUAGAGAAGGGAAAGGGGAUACAUAGUCAGUUGCACAACUGAAUGCAUUCAACCGAAAUGUGUCUUCUGCAUAUAACCCAACCCCUCUGAAUCAGAGAGGGGCGAGGGGCUGCCUUAAUCGACGUCACGUCAUCGGUGCCCGGGGAGCAGUUGUUGUUGGGGGUUAACUGCCUUGCUCAAGGGCAGAACCGCAGAUUUUUCCACCUUGCCGGCUCUGGGAUUUGAACCAGCAUUGUUACAUGGUUUGGUAACCUGACAGUGCAGCUCAAAGCCCAAAUCUUGACCAAGACAGCAGGGAAGAUUAUAGGAAUUAUAACAACACAGGAUGAGACCCAGAUGCAGACACAGGAGGCAGAUGGUUCGAGUUUCUGAUAUUUAUUAAAAUACAAGGGGCAGGCAAGAGGUAGGUGGAGGACAGGCAGAAGUUCGUAAACCAGGUCUGAGUCCGAAAGGUACAGGGCGGCAGGCAGGCUCGAGGUCAGGGCAGGCUGAAUGGUCAGGCAGGCGGGCUCAGUGUCAGGGCAGGCAGAAAUGGUUGGAACCGGGAGGACUAGAAAACAGGGACUAGGGAAAACCAGGAGUAUGGCAAACCAAGCUGGUAGGCUUGACGAGACAAGACGAACUGACAACAGGCAGACAGAAAACACAGGUAUAAAUACACAGAGGAUAAUGGGAACAAUUGGGAGACACCUGGUGGGGGGUGGAGACAAGCACAAGACAGGUGAAACAGAUCAGGGUGUAACAGGAAUCACACUUCCCUCCGCUCUCCAUUUAUGAGGAGACCAAAAGAGAGACCAAAUUACAAAGUAACUUUUCUCCUCUUCAUAUUCUCAUCAAUGUUACUUUCCUUUGGUUUUGUGGCAUUUGAUGCAAAACAGAAUCUAUCCCAUUGUUAUUUAAAAAGCUGUUAUGAGAAUUUCUGUGAUUGAACUAAAGUAGAUUUAGGCUUAUUGUUAAUUUAGAAUCGUCAGCUUGCCAAACACAUUAUCCAUGUGCAAGACAGGACUUGCUAGCAUUGUGAUGAAAGCUUUCAAUGCAUGUUCUUUUUUUAUGCUUUAUCAGUACGUUUCAAUGUAAAAAGGUAAAUAUUGAAAAAAGGCUUUUAAAUUGAUUUAUUUGUUCUUUAAUAAAAGAGACAAUGGGCAAAUAUGUUCUAUGUUUUGGGUGGUUAACUUCCAGAAGAUUGAAUUCCAACCCUUCUAAAUGACCAUGCCUGGUGUGUUGGAGCCCUGGGGAAUAUGAGGAUGAGGAUGACCAGACAUGGAGAAUCUGCUUCGUCACGCAGCUCUGCCUCACCUUGUCUCAAUCUCGCCAUCCUGUCUCCUCUCCUUUCUCCACGGCCCAGUCGGCUUGA